GAAUUUUUUCAAGGGCGGAUAACUCUAAUGUCAGCGAAUGAACUGGGUUGUUUGCAAACACAGUUUGGAAAUCGUUCGUCACUGGAACAAAAAGUAGAAGCCAGCAACAGUACAUUGGUCGCGCCAUGUGUAGUGCACAGACUCCCAAGUUCGAGACUCUGAACGUCACCAGACCGCGGGACAUGGUGGUUCAGGUCGAGCUGAACAGACCUGAGAAGCGGAAUGCCAUGAAUCAAGCUUUCUGGAGAGAGAUGGUCGAGUGCUUCAACUACCUAGAUCGGGACAGUGAGUGCCGUGCUGUUGUGCUGACCGGCGCCGGGAAGAUCUUCACUGCAGGUCUGGACCUGGGAGACUUUGCUAGCAUGGAUGGGGUGCAGUCUGAUGCUGAGGUGGGCAGGAAGGCCUUCAAGGUGCGCCAGGCCAUCAAGGCUAUGCAGGAAUCCUUCACUGUUAUUGAGAGGUGCACCAAGCCAGUGAUUGCAGCUAUGCACAGCGCCUGUGUGGGUGGGGGCAUUGACAUGUCCUCUGCCUGUGAUGUACGGUACUGCACCAGCGAUGCAUGGUUUCAGAUUAAGGAGGUGGAUAUUGGCCUGGCGGCAGAUGUCGGAACGCUGCAAAGGUUCCCCAAGGUGGUGGGCAAUGACAGUCUGGUGAGGGAACUGGUCUACACUGCCAGGAAGUUCUAUGCUGAUGAAGCUCUUGCCAUUGGCUAUGUCAGUCGCAUAUUCCCCAAUAAGAAAGUGAUGGUGGAAGGUGCCCUUGAUUUGGCCGUGCUUAUUGCAAGCAAGAGUCCCAUAGCUGUACAGGGUUCCAAGGUCAGCCUGGUGUAUUCCCGGGAUCAUGGAGUGACAGAAGGCCUGGAACACAUCCGUGUAUGGAACCAAGGCAUGCUUCAGAGUGAAGAUGGAAUCAAAUCAGCCAUGGCAGCAAUGCAGAAACAAACCCCAACUUUCUCCAAACUUUGAUCUGUUGAUCAAGAAAUUGACCUCAUAAUUGACACUACAAUAAAGGUGCAGAAACAUCAGGGAUUCUGGGCUCGUAUAAUCAGUGGACCAUGAACUUUUAUUCAGGGAUAGGCACGGUCACUCGUUUGUUUGUCCGGAGACGAGUAAAAACCUGGAGCAAGGGGAUUUCUCCCCAAAUCAUGUUGUAUCAAACAUAAACCACAAGUCAGAAAUGAGCUGUGGACUAGUUGUUAUUUGUAUUUUACUUGAGGUUCCUACCCUCAAAUCUUGAUUACAUCCCCAGUUGUUGGAAAAUAUAAACAUGCUUGUAGGGCAGCCCAGGGGAUCGUGUGUUCAUCCCCAAGCCCUAGAUUCUCUUUCCAUCAGUGAAAUGUGUUAAGCUCAUACUUUAUCAUAAAGCUGAAGAUUGCUUGAAACGUGUGUUCCCAACUUGAAGAGACCUGUGAAGAUAUUGUGUCGAAUAGGUCUUCAGCAACCCAUGCUUGCCGUAAAAGGCAACUAUGCUUGUCGUAAGAGGUGACUAACGGGAUCGGGUGGUCAGGCUCUUUGACUUGUUUGGUGCAAGUCAUUGUAGGCCAGUUGCGUGGAUCGAUGCUCAUGAUGUCAAUCACUGGAUUGUCUGGUCCAGACUCUUAUUUACAGACCGCCAUCAUAUAGCUGCAAUAUUGCUGAGUGAGACAUUAAACAACAGACAAAACAAACCCAAGUUGAAGAAAACUGACCCUCUGUGGUGUUUGUGCCACAGCAUCUGCAGCAAUUCACUGAGGCUGACUUGUUGAUUUGAAGAAGCUGUUGUUGUAUUUGAUUGCAUAAAUAUUAGUCAGCAUAACUCUGACAUAUCCUGUAAAAUGCAUUACUCACCCGCUAUUAUGUGACCAUACAAAAGUUUUUAAACAUUUAUCAUAUUUAUAUCCAGAUAUUCUUGUCAGUGUUUUGGAAAUGUUAAAUAUAAAUGUGAAUAAAUUAUUUUUUGCAA